AUGAAGUCGAAGUUGCUAUCCUUAGUUUACUUGCAAGUGGCUUGGAUCACUGAUCUCUUUUUCGACGAAGGCUUCACGCGUAUUCAACUUCUUUCUCUCAAAACACAAGGAGCAGGAAGAGACGCUGGGAGCAAUCCACCAUUUCAUUAUUCCAAUCCUAUGGCGCCCACUAUGCCUGAACGUAAAACAACCAUCAACAAGGGCGGCAAAGCUGCAGUGACACCUGCAUCUAUAGAUGUUGUCCUUGAAGACUCCAUCAAUAUUGUACGAAUGAUUUUGCUUACAGAUAAGGACAUUGCUUUUGAGGAGGAUUUGCUAAGGAACCCCUACUCAUUGAGGCAUUGGAUGCGAUACCUGGAUCACCAUGAAAGCUCACCGAUUGCACAGAGAUUUAUCGUUUAUGAGAGAGCAGUUAAGGAGCUACCAGGAUCAUACAAACUAUGGAAGGCAUACCUUGACCAAAGAAAGCAGCAUCUCAUCAAACGUGGCCUUCCUUUUGUCAAGGCUCAGGAUGAAUGGGAAAGCGUUGAUGAUUGUUACGAAAGGGCUCUGGUCUUACUUCAUAAGAUGCCUAGGAUCUGGAUCGAUUAUCUAGAGCACCUCAUGGCGACGCCUAGGAUUACGAAGACGAGGAGGACGUUCGACAGGUCAUUGAGAGCUCUUCCUAUCACUCAACAUAUUCGGAUCUGGGGUCUUUAUUUGAGUUGGGCGAAAAAAAUUGGUGGGGAGACGGCACUAAAAGUUUAUAAGCGAUAUUUGAAGUUGGAGCCAAAUCACGGAGAAGACUACGUUGACCUUUUGAAUUCAAUGGAGCGUUAUGACGAGGCAGCUUCUCGACUCUGUAAGAUGAUUAAUGACGAAAACUUCCAGUCUAUGCAUGGGAAGUCUCAUUAUCAAUUGUGGCGUCAGCUGUGUGAUAUUAUCUGCACCCAUCCCAAGGAUAUAAAAUCGCUCCCAAUCGAGAAGAUCAUUCGCAGUGGUAUCAGGAGAUUUACGGAUCAAACAGGUCGUCUCUGGAACGAUCUUGCCAAAUACUGGAUCUUACUUAACCAUUUUGAAAAGGCUAGAGAUAUAUAUGAGGAAGCUAUUACAUCCGUAAUGACUGUCCGCGAUUUUACGCAGGUUUUCGACGCCUAUGCAGAGUUUGAAGAAUCUGUGAUCAGCGCUAAAAUGGAAGCAGCAGAAAUAGCAGAGGCCGAAGGCGAGGAAGUGGACCAAAUUGACUUGGACAUGCGUUUGAUGAGACUCGAGCGUCUUAUGGAACGGCGCCCAUUUUUAGUCAACGAGGUCUUGCUGCGUCAAAAUCCCAACAGCGUUCAUGAAUGGCAAAAACGCGUCGAAUUGUGGGGCGAUAACUCACAAAAAGUCGUGGAAACAUAUACACAAGCUGUGACCACUAUUCAUCCCAAAAAAGCAGACGGAAAAUUCAACACGCUAUGGAUCAACUUUGCCAAGUUUUACGAAGAAGGCAAUGAUAUUGUAUCUGCAAGGACUAUAUUUGAAAAGGCUGUUAAAGUCAACUAUAAAACCGUUAACGAUCUGGCGGAUGUCUGGUGCGAAUAUGCAGAAAUGGAACUCAGAAAGGAGAAUUAUGAUGCUGCGCUUCAAGUCAUGGGACGGGCCACAAUACCGCCCAAACAAAAGAAUAUUGCAUUCCAUGACGAGACAUUGCCUGUGCAGAUCCGUGUCUACAAGUCGUUGCGCUUAUGGUCAUUCUAUGUUGAUCUGGAGGAAUCAAUUGGAACUAUUGAUUCAACAAAAGCUGUGUAUGAUAAGAUUUUGGAACUCAAGAUUGCAAACCCUCAAAUCAUUGUUAAUUAUGCGAAUUUCUUGGAGGAGAACAAAUUUUUCGAGGACAGCUAUAAGGUUUACGAGCGUGGCAUUGACCUAUUUGGAUACCCCAUUGCAUUUGAGCUUUGGAACACAUACUUACUCAAAUUUAUUAAUCGUUAUGGCGGAACUAAACUUGAGCGUGCCAGAGAUCUAUUCGAACAGGCAUUGGAUAAGAUGCCUGCCAAGUAUGCGAAGCCUCUCUACCUUAUGUAUGGCGAGCUGGAAGAGACGCAUGGGCUUGCGCGCCAUGCAAUGAGCAUUUAUGACCGUGCUACUAAGGCUGUCGCAUCUGAAGAUAGAGCGGAUAUGUACCACUUCUACAUCGCCAAAGCAGCCACAAUGUUUGGUGUCACAUCAACGCGUGAAAUCUACGAACGUGCUAUUGAAACUCUUCCAGACAAGGAUGCUCGUAUGAUGUGUAUGCGCUUUGCGGAGAUGGAACGCAAGUUGGGCGAGAUUGAUCGUGCCAGAGGUAUCUUUGCACAUGGUAGCCAAUUUUCAGAUCCUAGGAUUGCGUCAGAUUAUUGGCAAGCAUGGCAUGAUUUCGAGGUACAGCACGGAAACGAGGAUACAUUCAAGGAGAUGUUGCGUAUCAAACGCAGUGUGCAGGUCAAAUUCAACACCGAUGUUAGUUAUAUCACGGCACAGAUGCUUCAGACUCAAGAGGGGCUCAAGGUCGGUGGCACAAGUGGUGACGCUAUGCAGACUCUAGACCGCAUGACAUCCGGAGGUCCUGGUGAAAUGAAUUUUGUCAAGUCAAAAGCACAUUCAGUUCAGGCGACACAUGGCGAUGAUGUCAAGUCUUCAGAAUCUACAGCACCAGAAGUACCAGCUAACCCAGAUGAAAUUGCAAUUGAUGACGAUGAGGAUUUGUGA